CUUAUCUUAAAUUAAUUCAAAGUAGCCACAAACAAAGCUGUGUUAUUGGAUUUAUUCUCGGUUUUAAUGUAAAAUGAUCGAAACAGGCUCUGACUUGGAUGCGUGUGCGUGUGCGUGUGCGCGUGCUUGUGUGAACUCCACUUUUCUGCCAAACUCCAAGAGCCGUGAUGACCCCUCUCUUCACAGGAGGCUGCUGGGAAAUGGAGUCUUUCACUCAGCCGUUGAGCCAGCGCCCCUCCCGGUCGGGGACUACAUUUCCCAUCAUGCUCCGCGCGUCUUCUUCCCUCCUUCCUUCCUUCCUGCAGCCUCGGCCCUUCUGCCGUAAAAAAAAAAAAGAAAAAAGAAGGAAGGAAGAUGAGAAGCAGCCGCGCGCCGACACCGAGGAGCCGAACCGGAACCGAGUGCAGAACCGCAGAAUGAGUCCAGAGGAACCAUGGCCGAGGCGCGGCUGCUGACGGACCGGAUAUCAGGUGCUGUUCCGCGGCCCUGAAGAGACCCGGAGCCGCUGGAGAGACCCGGAGCCUGGAGGAUCUGCAGGGCCGAACCGAGCCGAGCCGAGCCGUCCUGAUGCUCAGCGGCUGUCUGCAGGGCUGAAGACCGCACCGUCCCUGAAACCAGAGCAGACCCCCCCCCCUCAGCAUGGAGCGCUCCGGCAGCGUCCAGCUGGACAUCCCAGACUUCAGUAACUCGGUGCUGUCUCACCUGAACCAGCUGCGCGUUCAGGGCCGUCUCUGCGACAUCGUGGUCAACGUGCAGGGCCAGAGCUUCCGGGCGCACAAAGUCGUCCUCGCGGCCAGCUCGCCGUACUUCCGCGACCACAUGUCUCUGGGCCAGAUGAGCACCGUGUCGCUGACGGUCAUCAGGAACCCCUCUGUGUUCGAGCAGCUGCUGAGCUUCUGCUACACCGGGCGCCUCUGCCUGCAGCUGGCCGACAUCAUCAGCUACCUGACGGCCGCCAGCUUCCUGCAGAUGCAACACAUUAUUGAUCGCUGCACGCAGAUCCUGGAGGGGAUCCAUCUGAAGAUCAGCCUGGGGGAGGAGGACGAGGAGGACGAGAAUCGAGGGGGGCGAACGCUGGAGGCCGCGGUGCGAAGUGGAGCGAAUCACUCCGGGUUGAGACUGAUCAGCACCAGAGGGCAGAGAUGGCAAAAGGGGGCAGCAGAAUGCGAGGCCAUCAGUCCUGCAGAUGAUCCUCUCAGCCCUCCGCCCCCCGUGGAGAACAGCGGGAUGGAGGGAGGCUCGUCCAUCACCACCAUUAGCGCAGGUCGUAAAGAACCGAUCCUCCGCAUCAACCGGGCCGGGCAGUGGUUCGUGGAGACCAGCAGCGAGCCGGAGAGGACCGGCAGCUCGGAGGAGGGCGGCGGCACCGAGAGGGUCCGGAUCAAGAAGGAGAGGAUGGAGGACUGGGGGAAUCAGGAGGAAGAGGAAGGAGAGCCAAUAGGAGAGGAGACCACCGUGAUGAUCGACACCUCGGGGAGAAGCACGCUGGUGACCGGGCCCAACGCCCAGCCGUCAUCCAGCUUCAGCGAGGCGGACAGGUUCAGUCCCACAGGCAGUGUCGUCGUCCUCGCCGAGCGUCAGAGAGCGAAGAGUGAGUCUCCGAGCCGAGCGGACGAUCUGCGACCGCCUCAGGGCGAGGAGAACACCUCCUUUGAUAUGGGCGGCUACGAGGACUACCUGAGGGAGCAGGUGGGCGACCGCUGGUUCCGCUACAACCCGCGUCUCACCUGCAUCUACUGCUGCAAGUCCUUCAACCAGAAGGGCAGCCUGGACCGCCACAUGCGGCUUCACAUGGGCAUCACGCCCUUCGCGUGUCGCAUCUGCGGGAAGAAGUACACGCGCAAGGACCAGCUGGAGUAUCACAUCCGCAAGCACACGGGCAACAAGCCCUUCCACUGCCACGUCUGCGGCAAGAGCUUCCCCUUCCAGGCCAUCCUCAACCAGCACUUCCGUAAGAACCACCCGGGCUGCGCUCCCCAGGAGGCCCAGAGCGCGUCGCCAGAGACCACCACCACCUCCGUGACCUCCAGAGGGGGGCCCAGCGACGAGGCCUCGCCCAGCCAGGAGGAGGGAGAGGGCGGGGGGGCGUACGGAGAGGGACCCCAGGCCUCCGUCUCCACCACGGGGCCCGACUAAAACCCCUGAACUGUCUCCGCUUUAAACCGCAUCUACCUUCACAAAGCUACCCAACAGAUGAAGCUCAAUGAAGAAACGCCACACACUCCAACAACCUCAGUCGCCACGCCACGUGGGUCUUUUACGUUACAGAUUUCUACUUUUAUAUUUACAGUUACAGGUUCAACAGACAAACGGCUCAGUGCCAGAGCAACACUAAAACCUUCAUAUCUGCCUCGAGACAAUCCAGAGCGGCGCGGUUAAUAUUCAUAUUUAUAAAAGUAAUCCUGCACGCUCUCUAAAGUGCCACAGCGGCAAUACAACAUUUAGAUGCACAAAAAGUCAGACUGUUAAAGUUCCUGUGUGAUCAGAGUUCCUUUCUCAUGAAGCUUAGUGGGAAAACAUUACACACUAAUUAUCUCAGUGCUAACCAUUAGUUUAAUUUGCAUCAUCAGUACAGUGAUCAUUUGCUCUUUAAGUGAUAGAUAUAGGAGAAUAUCUCCACAGACUCCAAGGAGACAUCUUCAAAUAUAUGUUUGUGUCUGAUCGAAGAGUGUAACUUUAUUGUUAGAAGAUAAAGAAAAACAUGAACUGUCUAGAAGGGCACUUUACCAAGACCAGUUAACACAAGUUAUACAUAAUUCAUGUCUGCACCUCCCUAAGAUUCAUCAAAAUGGGGCCAGACAAACAUAACCUCCUUGGAAUUGGUGUUACUAAUCUCAUCUAAAAAUAACCUCGAUUUAAUAUUCUAAAGACAUGGUCCACUAACUUUCCUAUUCCCAGAGCUUUCCACUGGUUCCCUUGGUCUUCUUUAGAGAAUCCGACCUGCUCAGCUGUCAUCAGGUAAUCUAGGGAAAGGACUUCAACCCUCAUUUAUUAAAGUCCAAUGUUACCUCUCUGCCUGGUUAACACUGAGAGGGAAGAAGGUCAUGGGAGGAAAGCUCCAAUGAUUUAGUUUCAAUCAUCAGGUAAAGAACUCUGAUCACAUGGGAUUACCUAAUUUGGCUGUAAAAUAUACAAUUCAGAUUUAUUGAUUGAUAGUUAGGGCUGUACCGAACACAACAAAACUAACAAUAUUAUAUUAUUAUUGCAAUUCAAUUUCAGAGGUAGCUGCGUACAAAUGUUUCAAUAUUUUCCAAUAAAUCCAGAGCGUUGGAAAGACCAAAGUCAAAAACAUUGUUAAAACUAUUCACAACAUGUUUUUAUCCAACCAAAAUAGAGUAUAUACUGUAGGAAUUAUUGAUUUUGUAUCAGAACCAGGAGUAAUUACAUGUGGUGUUCCACAGGGAUCCAUAUUCGGACCCCUAACUCUUUAUCCAAAAUAUGUAAAUUAUAUAUUUUAAACCUGCAGGUGAUUGUGAGCUCCUUCUGAAUGCUGACAAUUCAGUUUGCAUUUAUUAAAAAAAAGUUUGAUUUUCACAACAUUUCACAAAGUUUAAAAAAAUAAUAGACUAGACAGUAGUUUAACAGCAACAGGGUGAGAAUGAAAAACAGGACAGCACAGAUGCAGACAAGAUUAAAUACAAUUAAAGAUUACAAUUAUAUACAGGUAAGUAACUUUUAGAAUUAAAUGAACAUAUAUACAUAUUUGAGUCAUAUAUACAUAUUAAAUAUAUUUACUUGUAUGUAAUCUAACAGCACCACGAGUACAUUUAUACGACCACAAUAUCAAACCGCAGUAUUGAACACUAACGCUCGGUACAGCCCUGCAGAAACCUAAGAGCUUGUGAGGUUCUGGUGCACCUGGCAGCCUGUUGACGAAGAUAAGCUACACCGCUCAGUUACCUCUCAUCACGACGCAAUACAGCUGCUGCCCCGCACAGCACCACCGGGGGGCGCUCUCACCACAGGGCCCCCAGAGACUUCUCAGAUAUUUUUAUAAACAAGCAUGACUUCUUCUUCUUUUUUUUUGCUUUUUCUUGGACACUUUUUUUGCUCUGACAAUGUGUGUAACGAACGAGGAGGCCGAGUCACGACCCGACCGGGAACUUAUUGUUUGGGACGCAUUCAAUCUGCUGCACGUCCGCGAGGGAAACGGGGUUUAGCUAGGGGGGGUUAGAAAGAUCGAUAUAUCUUAUAAUAUCAUUUACAUUCAAAGACUCGUCUCAGACGUCGGCUUAUAUUUGAGUUAAAACACGUUAGAUAUCUGUCCUGUAAUCUGUCUUUUACGAUUUGAUUUACAUCGUAACGGAGACCAGGAGUCGAGUAAGGGAAGAAAAGUAAACAUUAUAACUAAGAUUUUAUGCAUUUGGCGAUGUAUUCUUUAUACGCAGAUAGUUAGACGUAUAAUUAGUUAAAAAUCUCUGUACACUUUACUUUCCGGAGAUGCUAUUAACAAUUAUUUUCCUCAGCUCUGUUCAGUGAUUCUGGUUUAUUGGAAUAUUUUGCUGAAAAAAAGUUGGAAAAAGGCUCUAAAUUGUCGUACGCAACUUAUAACCAGAACAUAUUAACAUUAGCUAACGUAGCUUUUGUCCAUUAAUGCUUGAUUUUCGAUCGUUCAUAGAUGGAAAAAGCUUAGUAUUACAACUUUACAUUUCCAGACAGAGAAGCUUGCAAUUCACAUCAUCAGGAAAUCGCUUCUAGCCUUUUUUAUUUUACAUUACACAAAUGGCAAAUUUAUCGUACAAAUGCGAUAAUUAUCGUACAUCCGACAGCUCUGUUUCUUAUCUUCCCAGCGUCCUCAUUGUUAUGGGCUAUAGUCGCAGUUUAAAAUGCUAAAGAACGAAGGCAGAUGGACGUCUCAAAUACAGUUUGAAAACAUGUAAAAAAGAGUAUGACAUGAGGGUUUACACAAAUAACCGGAUUUUAACAUUGUUAAAACUAUUCACAACAUGUUUUUAUCCAACCAAAAUAGAGUAUAUAUGGUAGGAAUUAUACUUUUUUUUAAUCAGAACUGGGAGUAAUUACAUGUGGUGUUCCACAGGGAUCCAUCUUGGGACCCCUAACUCUUUAUCUAAAAUAUGUAAAUGAUAUAUCUUUUCGAAUUUUCCGAACGUAUAACGAGCGUAGGGUCCCGUGCAGCAGAGGUAAUGCGUCCCACUGUCGGGUCAGUGAUCGGGGGGGGCGGGGGUUUCCCCGUCAGACAGGAUGGAUGUAUUCUCCGGACCAUUGAGCCGGACUUAAACCCUCAACAGGUCUCAGAUCAGCAACCGGAGGGCGGCGGGUCCGGACACCAAAGGAAAGAGGACGAGGAACUUCAGCACUUAUCAGAGAGAGAGGAUCAAAAAACUUUUUAUAAGAACAAUAUAAAUCACAUAUUAUCAGACGUAUUUAAACUACUAUGAUGUUUUUUUUGUUUUUGCAUAAUGUAAGUCAGCUGGUAGCACGUGGAGCGGCGGUUUUGGGUUUUUCUACAGCGCCGCCGUGAGUCUGACGUUUUUAUGCAAGAAGCCAGCGGCUGUGACUGUUCAGGCGAACACAGGAACCUUCAGGUAUUCAGACUCUCUUUCCGUUAGCCCACGUAGCAGAGCGCUAACGGCUAAACCUCAGAAACCUGUCAAUAAACUUAGACUGCAGCCGCGGGAGAGGGGGGGGGGGAAUCCCGCGAGUCAAAACCCAGGGCUGGGCAACAUAGAACAACUCUCUCCAAUGCACCAACUACACAACCUCUCCAAUGCACCAUGGCAACAGAAAAUACUGCUCUCCGAUUGGCUGACAGGUAUUCGUUAAACUCCUGUUAGCUUACUGAUUUCUUUAUUCUGAAUAAUGUCAUGAAUCUGAUACGGGUCAUGUAGACAGCAUAUUCUUUAUUGUUCCCUGUUCUGAAUGCAGUAUUCUCAGAUGAAGGCGUGUGUGAUUUGCUGAUAUUAUUCAGGUUUUAGGAGGAUUAUUUGUACGUGUAUGCAGCACAUUCACAAUGAGAGGCUCGGUUUUUGUUCUCUUGCAGAGCGCUAAGAAAUGUUUACUUGGUAAAUAAGAAACUUGUGAAGCAUAUUUUAGGAACUGCGGCUUUGUGUUGCAUAGUGUUAGCUGAUGAAGUGAAAAAGUGCAUCAGGAAAAACAAAAAACUCCUCAAAGAAAAACUUUUUACAAGCUAAAACGUGCCGUGUUGCCCAGCUCUGAGAGAAAAAGGAAAAAGUCUUGCAGGAACAAACAGACUGAAGUCAUUCAGAGAGGAGCAGAAAAAUAACUCGACAAGUCUGACCGAGUCCACACGUGCACAGGUUUCUCUGAGUUUUGGCCUCUUAUACUCACGCUGAUUUAAGUCACUAAAACACCUCUUAAUAUGUCAGUUUAUCUAACCUGCUAACAGGACCUUUCAAAUGUUUACACAUUAAUAUAUUUUCUGAAUCUACAUCAACAACUCACCUCACAGGUUUUCCUUCUUUUUUUAAAUCCAUAAAAAGGUUCAAAACACCUGAGUACGUGUGGACUAGGCCUAUUCGCUGCUGAUCAAGACGUUUGGGGUUACGUUUGGUCACCAGUGAUAUUUUUACAGACUGAAUAUUUCUGUCCUCUCUGCACAUCAUUUUAUAACUCAGUUAAAGUCACAAAUCGCUGCUUCCAGAUCAGAUGCUGGACUCGAGUCCGGUCCCGCCCGGAGGAACCCGGAGGAGGAAAACUCGGAUCAGAGUAUAGACGACAAUAAUAUGUUAAAUAAAAUACUAAGAAGUACGCGGUGAGGGGGUAGUAUUCGAGAAAAUCUUUAAAAUGUAUUAAACUUGUACAUUUCCGAGCGAAAGUCUUGAAUAUCUUGAAAAAUAUAUAGAUUUUCUCUCCGAAUGUAACUCCCCUUUUGGGGCUCCUUAAUCUAAAAUUGCAUUUAUACACAGUCUUGAUUUGUUUAAAUGAAGUGCUGCGUAGUCAAAUAUAGAUUUCACUUCAAAUAAUGUAUAGAAACAGGCAGUAAAAGUGAUUUCCAGUUUGAAAAAGUAAUACAAAGAUUCUUCUUGUAUUAACACUGUGGGUGUUUCUCAAUCGCGAGUAAAGCUGCUUCAGAGCCACUAUUUCAAGCAUACUACGUCAUCGAGUGCCGCCGAAGUACUGUUCCAAUGUCCAGC